UUCCGGCAACUCCGUUCGCUACGUUCGCGAAUUGCCUAAUCUCCGAGCGGUUAUUAACAGCCGUGACCGCUACGCGGUGUCUUCCUCGAAAGAAGUUUAAAAAAAUAAAAAAAAUUCUCCCCCGCCGAUGUUAUUUCUUACGUAAGCCGCCGAGAGCGCGUUUACACAAAGACACCACCAACCAGCACCACCAGCAGCACACAGAAACAGACAGACAGAGAGCCCAGAGGGCCCGGUGUUACCCACCGCUUGUGUAGCUCGAAGCUUAACUUUGUUGUCACGCGGCGAAGAUGUCCUUCUGUACGUUCGACGGCGGGGAGAAGUACAAAGAUCACUUUAAAGUUGGCGUCUACGUGUGCUCCCAGUGUGGCUACGAGCUGUUCUCCAGCAAGGCCAAAUACGAGCACUCGUCACCCUGGCCGGCAUUCACCGAGACCAUGCACCCGGACAGCCUGAGCAAAUGCGAGGAGCGGCCUCGGGCACUCAAGGUGUCGUGCGGCAAGUGUGGCAACGGCCUGGGCCACGAGUUCCUGAAUGAUGGUCCCAGCGCCAGGCAGAGCCGCUUCUGAAUAUUCAGCCACUCCCUCAAGUUCGUCGCCAACGACAAAGCUGAAGGGACCCGUGGCAAGUAAGGCGGCGGCGACGGCGGCGACGGCGGCGACGGCGGCGGCGGUACACGAUGGCCAGGGAGGUCACCUCGUUCCGCAAGUGCCACCGACGGACGGCUCGCAACAAAGAGGGUGGUGGUGCAACGAGUCUCAAUCUUCUCAACCUCGGCGGCGGCAGCGGCAGCAGUAGCGGCAGCGGUAGCAGCAGCAAGAGCGGCAGCAGCAGCGGCAGCAGCAGCAGCAGCAGCGGUAGCAGCAGCAGUAGCAGCAGCAGCAAAAGAACGCCAAGGCUCCCAACGCAGCGAAUCCCUGAGCGGCAGGCCCGGGCUGGGGGGUGGACUUCUACGGCACCGUGCGUAGUCGACCGUGAUAAUCGGACGUGCGUAGCGUGCUCCCCACCAGAGCAUUAAACUGCCCCCCCCCCGCCCCCCCCCUCAUUUUUUUAAUUCUCCCUCUUCCCCCCUUCUCUACAAAGCCGUCGCUAAUUUAGAUCGGGGGGGGGGGGAGGGGGUUAUCGGAGCCGCAUGUGGCUCCUUCAGGACUCGCUUCACGGCUCUUGCGAAAUGCAGGGCGCUUUCACCUUUUUUGCCGAAUUCGGACACGGAUUUGCUCCUCUUGUUAUUUCGCUUUGCAUAACCCCUGGCCACGGGGGUUCCAGUUCACCGUGGGAGUCCAGCUCACCAUGGCGAGGAGUUGGCAGCCUCCGGCUCCUACGUCAUCUAUCAAGGGACCGGCAACGUGUCGUUGGCUUCCCGUUGCGUUGUUGCGGCUCUUGAAAAUAUUUGCGUUUUUUUUUGUUUUACCGACGCCCUUGGGGUUCACGGCGAGACUUGCAGAGAACUGUUGGGUGGGGCGGGCGGAGGCGGAGUCGGGUCACUCUUCAAUUGUGGCCUAGUCUCCCCCCCCCCCCCCCCCCGUUGUUAAAAGGAGAGAAACGUGUGACCCCCCAGCCACCCCCCCCCCCACCUCCGUCUUUAGCACCUCUCCCGUGACUCCCCCCCUCCACCUCUCCACCUCUCUUCUACCUCGGGAGGUUGUGGGCCCGGUGCCAAUGGAGGCGACGAGGGCUGGGUUCGAUUCCCGACUCGGGGCACCUCUCUCUCUCUCUCUCUCGCUCUCUCUUCCGCGCCCACCCCCCCUUCCCCGUGCCACCUUCCAUCCCCGUGGCGCGUGGGGUUUCCGCCUCGCACGGAUGAAACCAGUUUAAUUAAAAAAAACAAACAACAAUCCCCAUACAUGCGACCGGUAUUGAUUGACUUAUACGUAGCGUUGCUGACAAAUGACGUGCUAAUUCCUCGUGCUCAAUUGGGAUUACACGGAGCGACGUCGCCCCCGCCCCCGGGUAAACGAGCGAAACAACAGCGAUAAAAAAAUAUAUAAUUCCUAAUCGGGGCUCUCGCAGUAGCCGCCGCAAGGUCUGCUUCGGGGAGCUUGGAAGGCUUCGUAACCGAAGGAGCGGUGGGUUGGGGGGGGGGCCCGCCGCCGCCCCCGCCCCCGCCGCCGCCGCUCUUCUUCCACGGCCGUGUGGUCACGGCGAGACGUCACUCCGUGAUGCGCCCCUUGGGCAAACCCUGACGCCAUCAGGGCCCCGCGGGCACGGAGGUCGUGUGACGCUCGCCCGUCGCCAUCGCCGCCGUCUCCUCCCGGCUGCCGUUGUCCGUCGUGAAGACGACGACGUGAGACCGCCCCCCCCCCCCCGCCCCCCCCCCCCCCCCCGAAAAAGGAAAUGUUUUUUUUAUUUUAAAUGUAUAAAAUGGCUCAACGCUUUAGAAACGAUGUAGGUCGCCUGUCUGGUGUUUCGGAGGGUCACGGCGCGGGCCCUGGGCAUUGCAGGCUUAGCAAAACGAACGCAACGCGCGGGGUCUGGUGCGCGCCAAAGUCGUUCCCGGUACGUGCCCGGGAGUGACCUGACGGGCAAA